AUGAGCUCUAUUGAUGAGAAGCCUCUUUCAUGGUUCAUCAGACUGAUUCAUGAUACUUGCAUUCAUUUGAAUAAAUCUAUGUUGCUCCUCUGCUUAUUCCAAUUUAAUUCUACAAUGAGCUCUAUUGAUGAGAAGCCUCUUUCAUGGUUCAUCAGACUGAUUCAUGAUACUUGCAUUCAUUUGAAUAAAUCUAUGUUGCUCCUCUGCUUAUUCCACUUUAAUUCUACAAUGAGCUCUAUUGAUGAGAAGCCUCUUUCAUGGUUCAUCAGACUGAUUCAUGAUACUUGCAUUCAUUUGAAUAAAUCUAUGUUGCUCCUCUGCUUAUUCCACUCUAAUUCUACAAUGAGCUCUAUUGAUAUUGAUGAGAAGCCUCUUUCAUGGUUCAUCAGACUGAUUCAUGAUACUUGCAUUCAUUUGAAUAAAUCUAUGUUGCUCCUCUGCUUAUUCCACUCUAAUUCUACAAUGAACUCUAUUGAUGAGAAGCCUCUUCAUGGUUCAUCAGACUGA